UGAAGGGCUGCUUGGCAAGGUGUGAAUAUUGAAUCACGUCUCAACCUAAACCUUCAUCGUUUUUUUUGGUUUCCGCUUAACGAUCGAAUUGCUUUCAACCACAGAUGUGAACAUCAUCCGUCCUCAUGCAAACGAAAAUCAAAGUUGAGGUGAAGUGGGAGAGGCUGAUAGGCUCGGAUUGUGUGAGGAGGUGUUCAGUAGGAAGUGGGUGGAAGAGAUAGGAUGAGGGGAAGUAGUGGAGGAGCCUAUGCAACGUCCUCACACAGCAGAGACCCAGCCUACACAACACUACACCUUACCCCGAUCUACGAUCACAUGGAGAUCAUACGCUUUACGCUCACACUUCUUCGAUACGAACAGGAGAACACUAUCCGUGACGACGCCGAGCCGUGUGUGACAACGUGUGUUUAGUGGUUCUACGUGGCUGUGAUCACAUGGACGUCCAGAGAGAAGCUUCUCCCGCCAUCAGCACAUAACAACGCCGCCCGGAUUCCCAUCGAUCGCUCUUAUUUUCCACGCACGGAUCAUCUCUAAGUAUCGCCACCCUUCAUGGUUGUGGUGAUUAUUAUUAGUUGUAAGUGUCUGGGGUGACUGUCAGUACAGUGUAAGCCUGUACUAUUUACACCGUGGGAGCAGACUGUCCGCGCUGUCCAUUCCUUUGUAGCCCGAGGAUAACGGUGUACAACACCAGGCUGUGUGGUGUACACACUUGGACCAACGCAGUGGAUGGUGUAGUAGUAGUAGUAGUACGAUGGACUCGGUUGGAUAAACGGACCUAUAAGCGACACGUUGUUUUUUUAGUGCUGACAUUUAUUCGGGCUGUUAGUCGGCAACACUGCGAUGAAUCAAAGCAAACACGUCGUACCGGAGUGGAGGAGAAGAGGCUGUCAAUAAACAUAACCGCUGGAUUUACAGAUGAAGAACGGGGUUGUUUUUUGCGAUCGCACUCACAACGUGUGUAGGCCUGCAGAGCGCACAGAUAUCCACCCCUGGCUCAGGCUUAUUCAGCAGCUCAGGGUAGUGGUAGUAGUGGUAGUAGCGGUGGUAGAUUGUUGCCUGCUGUAGUACGCUUUCCUCACAACUGUACUCUUAACUGUACAGUGGCCCCAGAGUCGCGCAGUAUCGCUGCACUAACCAUUUAGAAAACAAUAAGAGAACUAGGCUAGUUUUUAACCCACAAGUUCCUCUUCUGGUCAUCCGGACCCAAAGUUCCCCGGCCUGCGUGACUGCAGUGGUGGCAAGACCCGACCUACAUGAGUCCUGGGUUUCCGCCAUGGACGACUCCGGGAUCAUUCGAAGACGGAGGCUACAGAAGGACCUUCCACUGCCCCGGAAAAGUACCAGUUGCCGGACCAGUAACCGGAAGAGCCUGAUCCUGACCAGUACCUCCCCGACUCUCCCCCGGCCGCACUCUCCGCUGCCUGGACACCUAGGAAGCAGUCCGUUGGACAGUCCACGUAAUUUCUCGCCUAGUGGCCCCGCCCACUUUUCCUUUGCAUCCUCAAGAAGGGCUGAUGGGCGAAGAUGGUCUCUCGCAUCUUUACCUUCCUCAGGAUAUGGAACCAACACACCCAGUUCGACGUCGUCCAGCUCAUCCCAGGAGCGGCUGCACCAGCUGCCCUACCAGCCCACCAUGGACGAACUCCACUUCCUGUCCAAGCACUUCGGCAGCACGGAGAGCAUCACCGACGACGACGGCGGGCGGCGGUCCCCCAACGUCCGCCCGCGCUCCCGUAGCCUCAGCCCGGGGCGAUCGCCGUCCUGCUAUGACAAUGAAAUAGUGAUGAUGAACCAUGUCUACAAGGAGCGCUUCCCGAAGGCCACGGCCCAGAUGGAGGAGCGUCUGGCCGAGUUCAUCCACAGCUACUCCCCCGAGAGCGUGCUGCCGCUGGCCGACGGGGUCCUCAGCUUCAUCCACCACCAGAUCGCCGAGCUGUCCAGGGACUGCCUGACCAAGUCUCGCGAGGGCCUCAUAACCACCGUCUACUUCUGCGAGCUCCAGGAGAACCUGGAGAAGCUGCUGCAUGACGCUUAUGAGCGCUCGGAGAACUCAGAGCUCACCUUCGUCACAGAGCUGGUAAAGAAGCUCUUCAUCAUCAUCUCUCGCCCAGCCAGACUCCUGGAGUGCCUGGAGUUCAACCCGGAGGAGUUCUACCACCUCCUGGAGGCUGCGGAGGACCACGCCAAGGAGGGCCAGCUCCUGGGCACCGACAUCCCCCGCUACAUCAUCAGCCAGCUGGGCCUCACCCGCGACCCCCUGGAGGACAUCGUGGGGUUGGACAGCUAUGACAGCGAGGGGCCGCACACACCGGAGACCGACGACUCAGCGGAGGGGAAGUCGCAGCCGAUGAAGCCUCCAUGUGAGGAAGACUUCCAGACCAUUAAACUGAUCAGCAACGGUGCUUAUGGUGCGGUGUACCUGGUGCGCCACAGAGAGACCCGGCAGCGGUUCGCCAUGAAGAAGAUCAACAAGCAGAACCUGACCCUGAGGAACGAGAUCCAGCAGGCCUUCGUGGAGCGAGACAUCCUGACCUUCGCCGAGAACCCCUUCGUGGUGUCCAUGUUCUGCUCCUUCCAGACCCGCCGCCACCUCUGCAUGGUCAUGGAGUACGUCGAGGGGGGCGACUGCGCCACCCUGCUGAAGAACAUCGGGGCCCUCCCCGUGGACCUGGCCCGGAUGUACUUCGCCGAGACCGUCCUGGCGCUGGAGUACCUGCACAACUACGGCAUCGUCCACAGGGACCUGAAGCCUGACAACCUGCUCAUCACCUCCAUGGGCCACGUGAAGCUGACAGACUUCGGCCUGUCCAAGAUGGGCCUGAUGAGCCUCACCACCAACCUGUACGAGGGACACAUAGAGAAGGACGCCCGGGAGUUCCUCGACAAACAGGUGUGCGGCACCCCAGAGUACAUCGCCCCGGAGGUGAUCCUGCGGCAGGGCUACGGGAAGCCGGUGGACUGGUGGGCCAUGGGCAUCAUCCUGUACGAGUUCCUGGUGGGCUGCGUGCCCUUCUUUGGGGACACCCCCGAGGAGCUCUUCGGCCAGGUGAUCACAGACGACAUUGUGUGGCCUGAUGGAGAGGAGGCCCUGCCUGCCGACUCCGAGGCCCUGAUCUCAACCCUGCUGCAGACCAACCCCCUCAUGAGGCUGGGCACAGGGGGAGCGUUCGAAGUGAAGCAGCAUCCGUUCUUCUCUGAUCUGGACUGGAACAGCCUGCUGAGGCAGAAGGCCGAGUUCAUCCCACACCUGGAGUCCGAGGAGGACACCAGCUACUUUGACACGCGGUCCGAGCGUUACCGCCAUAUCAACGCGUACGAGGAGGACGACACCAACGACGACGAGCCCGUGGAGAUCAGACAGUUCUCCUCCUGCUCACCGCGCUUCAGCAAGGUGUACAGCAGCAUGGAGCAUCUCUCCCAGCUGGAGCAGAAGGGCAGCAGCAGCUCGGUGACCCGGCGCGAGCACCGGGGCUCCCGGGAAGAGAAGAAGUCCAAGAGAGAGAGCCUGGGCAGCUUCGGCAUGAGGGACAAGAGCUGGAGGACCAGCUCCCCCGAGAUGAAGCGUCUGUCCUGCUCCGAGUCCCUGUACUCGGAGGGGGACUCCAGCCCCCCGCUGGGGGCGCGCCGCCGCUUCUCCGCCCUGAUGGACACCCACCGCUUCGCCUCGCCGAUGGAGGGCGAGCCGGACCCCCUGUCCCGCCAGACCCCCGUCAAGGCCCGCGGGACCUCGCUGGACGGGGCCUUCGGGGCCCCGCCCCUCAGCCUGCUGGAGCAGAGGGCCGCCCCCCGGGAGGCCAACGCCGCCCCCCCCCUCGGCCUGACGGAGCCCCGCGGCGGCGGCCCCAAGGAGGCCGACGGAGCAGACCCCAAGCCCCCGAGGCCAGGGGAGGGACCGCCGGCCCCCGGCCACGCCGACCCCGGCCUGGACCAGGACGUGGUGGCCCCUCUGUUCGACCACCAGGGGCCCCGGGCCACCAACGACCUGGUCCUACGGCGGGCAAGGCACCAGCAGAUGUCGGGGGACGGGCCCGAGAAGCGGGCCUCCAGGGCGGGGAACAAGGUCACCAAGUCGGCCUCGGCGACCGCCCUCUCCGUCAUCAUCCCCGCAGUGGAGCACUAUGGGAGCUUCUCCCCGCUGGCCAGCCCCAUGUCCCCCUGCUCCUUCUCCUCCAACCCCUCCUCCCGGGACUCCUCCCCCAGCCGGGACUUCUGCCCGGCGGUCAGCGUGCUGCGCUCCCCCAUCACCAUCCACCGCUCGGGGAAGAAGUACGGCUUCACGCUGCGGGCCAUCCGGGUCUACAUCGGGGACAGCGACGUCUACAGCGUGCACCACAUCGUCUGGCAUGUGGAGGACACCGGUCCUGCCCAGGAGGCGGGGCUAUGUGCCGGUGACCUCAUCACCCACGUCAACGGCGAGUCCGUCCACGGAUUGGUCCACACCGAGGUGGUGGAGCUCAUCCUGAAGAGUGGGAACAAGGUGACCGUGACCACCACUCCCUUUGAGAACACCUCCAUCAAGGUGGGGCCGGCCAGGAAGGCCAGCUACAAGUGUAAGAUGGCCCGGCGCAACAGGAAGACCCCGGCCAGGGAGAGCCAAGACAUCGUCUCCUCCGGGCUGGCGUCCUGCGGUAAGAAGCGGAGCUCCUUGUUCCGCAAGAUCACCAAGCAGUCCAACCUGCUGCACACCAGCCGCAGCCUGUCCUCGCUCAACCGCUCGCUGUCCUCCAGCGACAGCCUGCCCGCCUCCCCCACCCACGCCCUCUCCGCCCGCUCCCCCACGCAGGCCUACCGCGGCGCAGCCGAGACCCCGGGGGCCUACCUGGGGACCUCGCCCCAGAGCAGCUCCCCGGCCUCCAGCACCCCCAACUCCCCGGCCGCCCAGCAGCACAUGAGGCCCAGCUCGCUGCACGGCCUCUCCCCGAAGCUGCAGCGCCAGUACCGCUCGGCCCGCUGCAAGUCGGCCGGCAACAUCCCGCUGUCCCCGCUGGCCCACACGCCCUCCCCCACCCAGGCGUCCCCGCCCACGCUGCCGGGCCACACCGUGGGCAGCUCCAACACCACCCAGACCUUCCCCGCCAAGCUGCACUCCUCGCCCCCCGUGGUGCGGCCGCGGCCCAAGAGCGCCGAGCCCCCGCGCUCGCCGCUCCUCAAGCGGGUGCAGUCGGCGGAGAAGCUGGGCUCCCCGCUGCUGGGCCAGCCCGGCGCCACGGGGGGCCUGGGGGGCCCGCUGCGCAAGCACAGCCUGGAGGCCCAGCACUCGGACUACCGCAAGGACGUGUUCCUGUGCGAGGGCGGCCUCCAGAGCCUGCUGGAGACGGACGGGGAGAGCCUGCCGCCGCCGCCGCCGGCGACGCCGCCCCCGCACAUGGCCCCGGGCUCCAUGUCGCCGUCGUCGUCGGGGUCGUCAGGGUCGUCGUCGUCCAUCGCCCCGGAGACCGGCGUGCUGAAGCCCGCCAGGAGGCUGGGCCGGCAGGAGUCGCCGCUCAGCAGGGAGACCCUCCUGGCCGGGAGGGAGAGGGAGAGGGAGAGGGAGAGGGAGAGGGAGAGGGAGAGGGAGAGGGAGAGCGAGGUGGAGCGAGAGAGGGAACGACACAAUGAGCGAGAGAGGGAAUACAAGGCAGCCCUCGAGGCGUCUGAGACCCAGUCGUCGCUGCACAGAAGGCUUGGCACCAGCCACUCCCCCGUCGGCCUGCAGAGCUUCAAACUGCAGUCCCAGAGCGGGGCGGUCGCCAAACCUCCGACUCCCGGUACGCCGACCAGGAUCCCCGCGGGCCUUGGCGGGCUCCGGGGCCACGAUAAGAGCAGUGAGGGCCCCGGCGAUCUGUCUCCAAAACAACACCAACAGGACAUGAAACCGUUUUCCAACGCCAGUUAUCUGCAGCAGAACCAGGUGAUCAGAACUGAACCGAAACACACGGGGGACUCCCGGUCGGGGGCCGGCUGGCCCGGGCUACCCAGCGGGGGUAAGAACCCAAACGCUAACCUCCCUCCGGAGCAAAGCACCUGCAUGUCGACGGGGGGAGGGGCGACCGCCAUGAACAAACCCUUCAGGGCCCAGGCCGCGGGCAAGAGUGGCGCGGACAGCAACGGCCUGAAGAGCUCCGACCUGGGCUCCAAGAGCCCCAAGCUCGCGGCGCGGGUCCUGGCCCCCGUGGUCCCGCCCCACGGCCAGCCCCUGUCCCUGGGCAAGGGCAGGCCGGGCCUGGGCCCCGUCAACUGCUACCGGGGCACGCUGGACUGGGAGGACAAGUGCCGCCUGGAGGUGGUGGAGGAGGGCUCCCCCAGCCCCUCCCCCUCCCCCACCGCCACGGCGCCCUCGCUCUGCGGGCCAUCGCUCUGCAAGGCGCGGCCCGCCUCCCCCGGCGACAAGACCAGCUUCGUCUCCCAGCUGACGUCCGUGGCCAAGACGGUCCUGGGGCCCAUCAAGAUGGUGACCCAGGACGUGGUGAGGAGCCGGGACCAGCCGCCCCGGGCGCCGGAGGAGAGGCAGGGGGGCGCGGUGUCGUCGCAGCCCGAGCAGCAGGGGCCGACAGGGAGUGGCUCCGCCACGCCCAAAGCAAAAUGGGACCCGGUAGAGGGGCCGGGGAAGGGGCCCCCGAGGGACAAAGACAUGCCUUUUGAGAGAACAGUGCAGCAGAAGACAAGCACCUGAAAGGAAACAUUGUACAUUCCCUAGCUCUGAGUGUGUCGGGCACUUCAUGAGUGGAUUCCAGCUGCGGUCUCCUCUAGAAUCAGGGUCGGUCAAAACAGCUGCCACAACGGUGCAUUCUCUGUUGUUUUUUUUCUAAGCUAAAGUAUCUAUUUAAUAUAUCAGAAUCCUCCAUGUUGUGUAGACCUCUAUAUCAGAUGUGUGUCUGUGCGUGUGCGUGGCCGGGUGUCUGUGUGAAUGCAUGUAUUACGAUACGUAUGUAUUAUAGGUACACAAAGGUCGAAAAGUGCUUUACCAAUCAAAACAUGCUGAAUACUGUGAAUACCAAAUCCUACUCUAUUUUGCACUUUUCUUUGCAGAAUUUCUUUUCACGUUAAUCGAAAAGGACAAUGUGGAAAACUCACAAGUAACAAAUGGGUUACAAACAAACAAACUGCGAUUGUUGGCAUAACCCAGAACAACCAACGCCGCGUUAGGAAUUAAAAGUUGUCAGUGAGUCCGUAGCGACUCGGCAGCG